AUGCCUAAAUACGUUUUAACCGGUGUUGGCGGAAACAUUGGCCGCAUCGCAGCCUCAUACGCACUGGAAAUCGCCCCAUCAGACACCACCCUUGUAUUCACAACAUCCGACCCAAGCAAAAUCCCCUCUGAAACCCUCGAAUCCUGGAAAGAGAAAGGCGCAACGAUAGCCGCAGCCAGCUAUGACGACGUAAGCAGCCUGGAGCGUGUUUUCGCUGGCGCGGAAGCUGUAAACCUGAUAUCGACCUGGGCUUUCGGUCGCCGACACGAACAAACGCAGAAUGUGAUCAAUGCCGCCAAAGCAUGCGGUGUGCGCCGAAUCUGCUACACCUCUUUUGUGGGCGCUGAUGACCCUGCUCCGGUGGAAGAGAUGCCCUUCUUACCUCGAGACCAUAAAAUGAACGAGGAGCUGAUCAGGGCAUCCGGGUUGGGAUACAAUAUCCAGCGUGAUUAUCUGUAUAUUGAUAACAUCCCUAACUUCUUUGCGCCGUCUUGGAAGUUCUGUGGGGAUAAGUGGUUCUUCAAUUCGCAUGGUGCCGCGGGUGCGUACGUUACUCGUGAGGACUGUGGAAGGGUGCAUGCUGCUCUUCUUUUGGGUAAGGGCGAGCCGAAUACCGUGGUUGAUGUUACUGGUCCUGAGGCUGUGACCGACCAGCAGGUCUUUGAGUGGAUCUGCGAGAAUCUUGGAGGUCAUGGUCAGUUUGUUGAUUUGCCGGAUGAUGAGUUGAGGGAGUAUUGGGUUAAGCUUGGACUGCCUACUUCUGUGACUGAGCCUUCGCCGCUUCCUAUGAAGCUUUGUGUGGAUGAUCUGUUGUGUUGUGGUGAGAUGGUCGCGAAGGGCUAUAUGACUAAGACUAGUGAUGCUGUUGAGACUCUCACUGGAAGAAAGCCUGUUUCCUUCCAGGAGGCUUUGUUAAAGUACAAGCAGGCGUUCGCCUAG